AUGGGCAACUCAACUUCCAAGACGGCACCGCGAGAUGAAACUCGACUUCAAUUGGGGAAUGUGUCAGCAGGCAUUGCGGGUGGUACCGGUAAGUCUGGUGAUGGGCAUUGGGGUAGCGACGGGAAAGUGGAGCGAGUUGUCCAAACCGGCCAGCUUCUCGAUCUCCCUACAGAAAUUCACCUUCAUAUAUUCGAAAAUGCAUCACCUAUCACUCGUCGACUGCUUGGAGCCACAUGCCUUGCCUUCUACAGGAUCUACAAGCAGGAUUACUACGAGACAGAAAUCGUUAUCAACGUCCUCGACAUCUUCCACGACCCAUUGUCCCAAACCUGGGCACCUCUGAUCGGAACACUCGAAUAUCGAAGAAUCCUGUCUAACUGGGCAAUAGCUCCUAAGAUCGGUCCUCUUAUGCCAGGCUGCAACCAGCUGCUGAUUGAAACGGAGGUUGAUCAGUACGCUUACAAGGUGAAGCAAUUACUGGCAAAAAGGCACCACAACUACCGAUUUGCCGAUGAAAGAGGUGUGACAAGAGUUGUGACUCCCACUCUGGACUUUGUGUCUUUGGCUGGUGGAAGCGCGAUUAUUGAGAUGCAUUAG